AUGUGUAGGGGUUGUCCCCCUAUCAUUCUUGGCGGUCUUUCCUUAUCCUAUCCUCGCAACGUCAGGGGAUUGCCUCCUCGGUUGCAGAGCCCUGGAUGUGUAGGGGUUGUCCCCCUAUCAUUCUUGGCGUUCUUACCUUAUCCUAUCCUCGCAACGUCAGGGGAUUGCCUCCUCGGUUGCAGAGCCCUGGAUGGGAUUGCCUCCUCGGUUGCAGAGCCCUGGAUGUGUAGGGGUCGUCCCCCUAUCAUUCUUGGCGGUCUUACCUUAUCCUAUCCUCGCAACGUCAGGGGAUUGCCUCCUCGGUUGCAGAGCCCUGGAUGUGUAGGGGUUGUCCCACUACCAUUCUUGGCGGUCUUUCCUUAUCCUAUCCUCGCAACGUCAGGCGAUUGCCUCCUCGGUUGCAGAGCCCUGGAUGUGUAG